AUGUCCCCAACCAGAUUCUCCCCAGCCAACCCACCAUGGCGGAAGAACGACACGGACAGUGAUGAAGGCUAUGAAGCUGAUGACGAGUCCGGAAAGUCACAAGCCACUGCCACUGCCUUCACAAACCCACCAGAAGAGAUUCGAGGAGUAUUCUACUUCAAAGUCCAUCGGGAAUGCAGCAAACUACCCAGUUCAUCUGGAAAGGUAAGCCAAUGGAUAGACUCCUCCUACUUCAUAUGGAACAUGUGCGCUACACUAGCAGACUCCAGUACCGAUCCAGAAUGGACAAAGGCAUUCGAACUUUGGCGACCUACAUGGGAUCAGAUCCAAGAGGAAUUACAGGCAUCUGAGGAUACCGAAUUUCCUGUUAAGAUCCCCCUCGCGCCAGUUAAGCUGGCAUCUGUUCAACCAGGUAAUACAAGCCCGAGAGGCAUUGAGGAUGAGGACUGGGUCAUUGAGAUUGAACAGGACGGUGAUGAUGAUGCUAUGCUAUAUGAUAACCAGGAUAUCUGGGCUCUUUGGCAACGUGUUAUUGCGUCGCCUGUGGGCUCUACUCAUGCUUUUCAUGUUACUCUUCAGGAUACUGCGAGGAUUUGUCCUAGAUCAUGA